UGCGGGCUCCUGCUAGCCCCUGAUGGGCCCUUCGCCCCCUGCCACGGCCAGCUGAGCCCCAUGACCUUCUUCCAGGACUGCGUGUUCGAUCUCUGCGCGCUGGGGGGCGACCGGCGUCAGCUCUGCUCCGCCCUGGGCAGCUAUGGAGCCCAGUGCCAGGCCCACAACGUCAGCCUGGGCCCCUGGCGCAACCAGACCCUCUGCCCCAUGCUCUGCCCCCCCAACAGCCAUUACGACCCGUGCAGCCCCCCCUGCCUCGCCGCCUGCCCUGAGGCCGGGGUGAGGGGCUGCCAGGAGCCCUGCCUGGAGGGGUGCACGUGUGACCCCGGCUUCCUGCUCAGUGGGGGAGCCUGUGUCCCCCAGGGGGGCUGCGGCUGCAGCUACGCUGGGGGGUACUAUGAGCUGGACGAGGAGUUCUUUGGGCCGGGCUGUGGGUCGCGCUGCCGCUGUGAGGGGGGGAACCGGACCCACUGCCAGGCCUGGCAGUGCCGCCCCACGGAAACCUGCGGGCUCCACAAUGGCCUGUACGGCUGCCACCCCACAGCCAGCGCCCCCUGCUACGUCUCCGGGGACCCCCACUACCAGACCUUCGACGGCCGACGGCUCGACUUCAUGGGCACCUGCACCUACACCCUGGCCCGGCCCUGCGGCAACUACACAGGGCCCUGGUUCAGCGUUGAGGGGAAGAACGAGGAGCGGGGGCGCGGGGGCGUCUCCUACCUGCGCACGGUCUAUGUCAGCCUGCCGGGGGCCAGCCUCACCCUGCUCAAGGGACAGCGCACCCUGAUCAAUGGGACGCGGGUGACGCUGCCGGCCAGGCCCACCCGGGACUCGUCCAUGGCCCGCAGCGGCCAGUACGUGGCCGUGGAGACCUCGUUCGGUCUGGCCCUGCGCUGGGACGGGAACCACUACCUGGAGAUCCGGGCCCCCAGCUCCUACUCCGGGCUGCUGUGUGGGCUCUGUGGGAACUACGAUGGGGUGCCCGACAACGACAACCGGACGCCAGCCGGGUGGCCAGCUGCGGACGGGGCCGCGCUGGGGAACAGCUGGCAAACCCCCAACGACGAGGACCCACAGUGCCGACCUGACGACUCGGACAAGCCCGUCUGCACCCCGGGUGACGAAAUAACGGCCAGCUGCGAACGGAUCCGCGACCCCCAGGGGCCAUUCAGGGACUGUCACAAACUGGUCCCCCCCGCCCACUAUUUCGAGAACUGCCUCUUCGACAUGUGCCAGUACCAGGGGCUGCUGGAGACCCUCUGCGCCCAGCUCCAGGCCUACACGGCCGCCUGCCAGGCCGCCGGCGCCCCCGUGCACCCCUGGAGGGGCCCCCAGCUCUGCCCUCUGGCGUGCCCAGCGAACAGCUCCUACACCCUGUGCGCCCAGCCGUGCCCCCCGACCUGCAGCCCGGCCUUUGCGCCCGUCGAAUGCCCAGCCCAGCACUGCGUGGAGGGGUGCGAAUGUCUCCUGGGCUUCGUGCUGAGCGGGCAGGAGUGCGUGGCAGCGAGCCAGUGCGGGUGCACAGGGCCCGAUGGCGGGUACCACCCGCUCGGCGAGGUUUGGUACAACAUGGACUGUAGCGAGAAAUGCACCUGCCAGGGCCAAGACGACAUCCGGUGCCAGGCGGCCCGGUGCCAGCCCCAGGAGCUCUGCCAGCAGCAGGACGGAGAGUAUGGCUGUUACCCCACUGGCUUGGGGGUCUGUGUGGCGGCGGGGGACCCUCACUACACCACCUUCGAUGGGCGGCUCUUCCACUUCAUGGGCACCUGCAGCUAUACCCUGACCCAGACCUGCAACGCCAGUGCCGGGCUCCCUGGCUUCUCCGUGGAGGCCACCAAUGAGCACCGGGGGGCCAGCACCCAGGUCUCCUACGUCCGUGCCGUGGCUGUGGAGGUGUUCGGCCACCGGGUGGCGCUGCUCAAGGGGCGCCGAGUGACGGUGGACGGGCAGCGGGUGACCCUGCCGGUGGGCCUGGCCGGGGGCCGGCUCGGGGUGCGGGUCAGCGGUGGGUACGCUCUGCUGCAGACGGACUUCGGGCUGCGGGUUCGGUAUGACGGGAACCAGCGGGUCGAGGUUCUGGCGCCAUCGUCCUAUGCCGGGCGGCUCUGCGGGCUCUGCGGGAACUACAACGGGCAAAGCUCUGACGACAACCUCAUGCCCAAUGGCACCUCAGCCGGCACCGAUGCCGACCGCCUGGGCGGGAGCUGGGCAGUGCCGGGCGCCAGCAGCCCGGGCUGCACCAACUCUGGGGACCCAGGCGUAUGUGACCCAGAGAUCAACCUGGAAGCUCAGAAGCCGACCAGCUGUGGAGCCCUGACCAACCCCCAGGGCCCCUUUGCCCCCUGCCAUGGGGCUGUGCCCCCCGUGAAUUCCUUCAAGAGCUGCCUCUACGAUCUGUGCGGCACCGGGGGCGAGACGACCUCCCUCUGCUACGCCCUGCAGUCCUACGCUGACCGCUGCGCCCAGGCCGGGGUCCCCAUCGCCUGGAGGAACAGCAGCCUGUGCCCCUUUAUCUGCCCCCCUGGCAGCACCUACACUCCCUGUGCCAGUCCCUGCCCAUCCAGCUGCACCGACCCGGGGGCGCCCAACAGCUGCCCCUCCCUGCCCUGCGUGGAAGCCUGCGCCUGCAACGACGGCUACGUUCUCAGCGGGGAGACGUGCGUCCCCCUGAGCCAGUGCGGCUGCAACGACGCGGACGGGCGGUACCACCCGGUGGGCGAGAGCUGGAUGGCGACUGAGAACUGCACCGAGCGCUGCACCUGCGCCAGCGCCAACAACAUCAGCUGUGAGCCAUGGAGCUGCAGCCCCGUGCAGGAGUGUCGGCCGGAGGACGGACUGCUGGGCUGCCAGGACACAGGGGUGGCCUCCUGCCACGUGGCUGGGGACCCUCACUACUUCACCUUUGAUGGGACCAUGGUGACCUUCCUGGGCACCUGCACCUACACCCUGGUGACCCUGUGCCGCGGGGACAGGCGCCUGGAGCCCUUCAACAUCACGGGCAAGAACGAGGAGCGGGGCCGGCCCGAGGCCUCCUACCUGCGCCUGGUGCACGUGGAGAUCGGCGGCGCCCGCUUCACACUCAUGAAGAACCGCCGGGUGCUGGUGGAUGGGGAGCGGGUCCGCACCCCAGUGCUGGGCCGUGUUCCCGGCGUCUCCGUCAGCACCAGCGGUGUCUACACAGAGCUGCGGAGCCAGGCUGGGCUGCUUGUCCGGUUCGACGGGAACCAGCACCUGGAAAUCCAGCUCUCCGGCGUCUACUUCGGCCAGGUCUGCGGCAUGUGUGGGAACUACAACAACCAGAGCCAGGACGACCUGGCCCUGCCCAGCGGGCGCCCGGCCGCCAACGCCACCGACUUCGGCAACAGCUGGCGGGCGCCCGGCGACCCCGACCCGGGCUGCCAGCCGGACAACCGCGAGGACCUGGACCCCCGCUGCAGCCCGCAGGAGAAGGAGCAGUUCGGUGCCCUGUGCCAGGAGAUCCUCUCGCCCAAAUACCAGGCCUGCCAUGGGCUCCUGGAUCCCCAGCCCUUCAUCCAGAGCUGCCUCUUCGACAUGUGCGAAUACCAGGGCAUGGCCUCCACCCUCUGCGACAUCGUCCAGGCCUACGCCGAAGCCUGCAAGAGCCAGGGCGUGGCCGGCCUCUCCUGGAGAAACAGCACCUUCUGCCCCCUGCCGUGCCCCCCGCACAGCCACUACACCGAGUGUGCCUCGCCCUGCCCGGCCACCUGCUCUGACCUCUACGCCCCGGCCAGCUGCCCGAGCCCCGCGGCCUGCGUGGAAGGCUGCGCCUGCGACCGCACCUACGUGCUAAGCGACGAGACCUGCGUCGCCAUGGGGGAGUGUGGUUGCCUGGAUGACCAGCAGGGUUACCAUAGCUCGGGGGACACUUGGUUGAGCAGCGACUGCAGCGAACGCUGCGCCUGCCUGGCGAAUGGUAGCGCCCCCUGCCAGCCAUUCCAGUGCCCGGCGGGGUCCCACUGCGCCCUCAGCAGCGCCGGGGUCCACUACUGCAAACCCACCGAAUUUCACCAGUGCACCGUCUCUGGCGACCCCCACUACCGCACCUUCGACCGUUACGUCUACCACUUCCAGGGCCGGGCCACCUACACCCUGACCACCACCCUGCCCACGCUGCCUGGGGCCCUGCCUCCGCUGAGCGUCUCGGGCCGGAACUGGCGCUGGGUCGCCCACCACCGGGUCUCUUUCCUGCGCGAGGUCUACAUCUUGGUGUAUGGCUACCAGGUCACCAUGAUGCAGGGCCGCAAACUGGCGGUUAACGGGCUGCAUGUGAUCCCCCCAUUUCAGCCCACGGACGGGCUCAGUAUAACGCAGAGGGGACGCAGCCUUUUUCUGCAAACGGACUUCGGCCUCUCAGUCUCUUUCGAUGGCCGGGACCACUCAGAGAUCGUGCUCCCGGCCACGUACCGGACCCACGUCGGGGGGCUGUGUGGGAAUUACGACGGGCGCCGGGACAACGAAUACACCAAACCGGACGGCAGCCAGACCCGCAGCCCAACAGUGUUUGGGGAGAGUUGGGCCGUCAGUGCCCCUUGGGGCCGGACGCUGGGCCUGACAGACCCCCCCCGGGCCAGGCGAGCGGCGCUGGAGGCCUCCCUGGAAUCGGGGUUCGAGAUUCAGUGCAGCGCGGCCCAGCUGGUGUCGGUGAACGGGACACGGCUCUGCGGGGCCCUGGCCGACCCCCAAGGACCCUUCCAGGCCUGCCACGGAGAGCUGGAUCCCAGCCCCUUCCAGGAGAACUGCGUCUAUGACGUCUGCGCCGUGUACAACAACUCAGAGCUUCUGUGCGACAGUUUCAGCGUCUACGUCCUGAGCUGCCAGGGCCUGGGACUGGCGCUGCCCGGCUGGAGAGAGGCCACGGGGUGUGCUCUGGCCUGCCCGGCCCACACCACCUACCAGCCCUGCAUGACGGCCUGUCCCGCCAGCUGCGCCCAUCUGGCCGCGCCCGCGUCCUGCGACGCCCCUUGCGUGGAGGGCUGCGCCAGCGACCCCGGCUACGUCCUCAGCGGCCUGGACAGCGUCCCCUACAGCCAGUGCGGCUGCACCCACCAGAGCCAGUACUACCAGAUCAAAGACACGUUCCUGACGUCUGACUGCGCCCAGCGCUGCACCUGCCUGGAGACAGGGGCCCUGAUCUGCGAACCGGCCGGCUGCCUUGAGCCCCUGAUCUGUGCUGUCGCCAAUUACACCCAGGGCUGCUACCGCGCCAGCCCAUGUCUCAGCAGCCCCUGCCAGAACGAGGGCUGGUGCCAGGAGACGGUCGGCGGGUACGAGUGCCACUGUGCCGAGGGCUACGCGGGGGGGCUCUGUGAGCGGGUGACGGACGACGCGGCCCCGGAGUCCCCGGCCCCGCCAGGUCACCUCACCGCCAUCCUGGUGGGCGUCCUCGUCCCCCUGGGGCUGAUCGUCAUUGUCGUCGCCAGCGUCUGCCUCUGCCGACGGAGACAGCGGCGCAAGGCUCGCAGAGGACACAGGAGCAGCAUCCCAGUGAUGGCACCCCUGGGCCAGGGGGACCCCGUGAACCCCGGAGCUCAGGAUCGCAUAACCCGGUUUUGAGGCUGCCCCUCUCCCAUGACGGCUCAGCCCU